UAUACAUAGCUACUGAAUUAAUCAAAUUAAAGGUUGGAACUCGGAAGGAAGAUGGAUCACAGCGCGGAUGCUCAACGCACGGAUCUCAUGACAAUAACGCGAUUCGUGUUGAACGAGCAGUCGAAGCACCCUGACUCUCGCGGUGACUUCUCCAUUCUGCUGAGCCACAUUGUUCUUGGCUGCAAGUUUGUGUGCUCUGCUGUCAGCAAGGCUGGUCUUGCAAAGCUUAUUGGACUCGCCGGAGACACCAACGUUCAGGGCGAAGAGCAAAAGAAGCUCGAUGUGCUUUCCAACGAUGUAUUCGUCAAGGCUUUGGUUAGCAGCGGCCGCACGAGCAUCUUGGUGUCUGAAGAAGAUGAGCAAGCAACUAUCGUCGAGCCUUCCAAGCGUGGAAAAUACUGUGUUGUUUUUGACCCGCUGGAUGGUUCUUCCAACAUUGAUUGUGGUGUUUCUAUUGGCACGAUAUUUGGGAUCUAUAUGCUGAAAGAUGAGCACGAACCAACCUUACAAGACGUUCUUCAACCUGGCAAGAACAUGUUGGCAGCUGGUUAUUGUAUGUAUGGUAGCUCUUGCACGCUUGUUAUAAGCACUGGAAAUGGUGUUAACGGUUUUACCCUAGAUCCAUCACUUGGAGAAUUCAUUCUAACUCACCCUGAUAUUAAGAUCCCAAAGAAAGGCAAGAUCUACUCUGUGAAUGAAGGGAAUGCAAAAAAUUGGGACGCUGCCACAACCAAAUAUGUGGAGAAAUGCAAGUUUCCAAAGGAUGGUUCGUCACCAAAAUCUCUAAGAUACAUUGGAAGCAUGGUAGCCGAUGUUCAUCGCACCCUGUUGUAUGGAGGUAUCUUUUUGUACCCUGGUGAUAAAAAGAGUCCAAAUGGAAAACUACGUGUGCUAUAUGAAGUUUUCCCAAUGUCAUUCUUGCUAGAACAGGCAGGAGGCCAAGCUUUCACCGGCAAGCAACGGGCACUUGAUUUGGUUCCAAACAAAUUGCAUGAGCGAUCUCCAAUAUUCCUUGGUAGCUUCGAUGAUGUUGAGGAUAUCAAAGCUCUUUAUGCUGCUCAGUCUCAGGGCUAAGAUUGUGCUUCCUUAAAUAAAGGUAAGUUUUUUGAUGGGGCAUUUAAGGUGGUGUCAAUGUCUUCAACCUGAGUUAGUCAACCUGUUUACCAUUUGCUUACCUAAUUUCCCCACCAUGGGUACGAAUUAUAUAAUUUGUAAGCAUUAUUAAAUUAUUUUUUCCUAUAAUUGAGUAAGUAAAUGUUUGUAAUCUCGAAAAAUAAUAAUGGUUUUUGGCAGCGGCUAGAUGGGCCGGGUGUCAUUAGGUUUAUUGAAGUGAAGAAUAGUAAUUCUUUAAGUUUUCAUGUUUUUGUCCAAUAAAUAAAGAGUUUAA